UGCGGCGGCCAAGGGGCUCCGCUUCCCUUCCCCUCGGCGGCGGCGGGAGGGCGGCCAUGGCCAGUUACACCAAGGCGGCCCAGCAAUGGGCUACUUUUGCCAGAGCUUGGUACCUCCUUGAUGCGAAGAUGCAGCCACCAGGAAAAAUAGCAGCUGCAACUGUCAUCAGACUGGAAGGCAGACAUAAACCUAUUUAUCAUGCACUAAGUGACUGUGGAGAUCAUGUUGUCAUAAUAAAUACAAGACAUAUUGCCUUCUCUGGGAACAAGUGGGAACAGAAAGUAUAUUCUUCACAUACUGGCUAUCCUGGUGGUUUCAAACAAGUGACAGCAACUCAGCUCCAUCUGAAGGAUCCAACUGCUAUUGUUAAACUGACUGUUUAUAGAAUGCUUCCAAAAAACCUUCAAAGAAGAACUAUGAUGCAGAGGCUGCACCUGUUCCCAGAAGAUAUUAUUCCAGAAGACAUACAGAAGAAUCUUCUAGAAGAAAUUCCUCAGCCACGUGUAGUCCCCAGGAGGUUAGAUGAAUAUACACCAGAAGAAAUUGCUGCCUUUCCAAGAGUUUGGACUCCACCUAAAGAUUUCCGAAGGAAGUAAUAACAACAAAAGAAGUGCUGUCAGGAACGUCUGUCUUUGGAAAAAGAAUCUUCUACCAUGGAAGCACCUGUGCAUCUCAGCCAGCUCCUUUAUGCAGGAUGUUUCUGACGGCUGUUAGCAAACUUUUAUUUGGAGUUCCUACAGAAAUCAUUGUAAAUACCACCUGCACUCUGUGUUGGAUGAUCUGAUAUUUGUUAAUUACAUUUAUUUUAGUUCUAUUAUUAAAGAAUUGAUAAUUUUUCAAUGAGUUAUGUGCAUCUGAUGGAAACAGCAGGUGGUUUGCUGAGAGGAAGUGUCAUGGACUGGAGGCAAGGGCUGGGACUGUCCCCCUGUUCUGCCACCCCAUCGGCUCUCUUGGAGAAACGGAUCUGUCCUCACAGCUCAGGUGUGCGUGUCCUUCUGCCUUCAGAAAAAGGAACUCUUCCUGGAGAACUCAUUCUCUCUUAGGGGGACUUAAAUAAAAACCAGUGGCUUGAGCUGA